AUGAUACGAACAUAAUAUCUAAAGUAUCAAGGGACACCUUACAUGAUCGAAUUCAUCCAUCAAGCGAGAUUGACAAGCUUGAUUCUCUCUGAACGCUCCACACACACCUCACCUACCCACUGAUCCCAGCAAUGGCAAGGCAGGGCAAAGUGAAGAUAGUCCAUGUUCUACGGAAUCCAAAGGACACCAUAGUAUCUUAUUAUGAACACUAUAAGCGAGUUGUAGGCACGAUAAAUGAAGGAGACUUUAAUGGCUUUUUCAACUUUUGUCUAUCGGACGAGUUUGGACUCUUUGGUGGAAGUUGGUUUUCGUACGUAAGAGAAUGGGAGAAGGCCAAACUCUCGAAUCAGAAACUAAACGUUCUCUUUCUGGAAUAUGAAGAUAUCAAACAGAACCUUUACGGCACCAUCACUAGAUUGGUAGAGUUCCUCCAGCUGAAUCGACCAGAAUCGUUUUUAUGCGAAGUGAAAAGGGCAGUUGAAUUCGCAAAUUUGCAAAAGGAGCAUGAAACCAAGGCAGGAGAAACUAAGAUUUGGAAUUCCUUGGGCAAUGGCGGGCGAUUACCUAUUUACUGGAAAGGAUGUGUAGAAGAUUGGAAGAACUGCUUCACAGUUGCGCAAAACGAAAGGUUUGACGCCAUGUUGAACAAAGAUAUCACGGAAUAUGGUAUCGACCUCAACUUUUCAUAUGAAUGA